AUGCGGUAUCAUGUGAAUGGACAGCGGCAUGAGAAGCCAUCACACAGGACCCCCAGAGAGCCGAGGCUGGGUUAUGCCAGGGUGGCUAGGGAGGUACUGGGAGGAGGACUGACCAUCGACACCCUACCAGACAACAUGACACACUUAGUGGUGAGUGGCGCUGGGGCAGUGGUCCAACAACACACUAGUGAUGUGUAUAUACAGUAUGUCAAUGGGAGAUUCGCUUGUUCCAGUUGUGGUGGUAGAAUACUGAUCCCUGCUGGCCUUAUACAAAACAAAUCAAUGUUGAACUGCAUUAGACUGCAGAGGGUAUAUUGAAAAUGAGUUGAACAAUGUAGACCAAAUCAAAUUGCAAUGAAUAAUUUCAACCUUGCUGCUGAAAUUUGCAGUCCAAGACAUUCAAGGAUAUCCUAAGGUUUCUAAAAGCGUAUCCCCUUAACUUAUUUAGUAUGCACCCUGCAUUCUUUAUAUUUGUCACGACUUCCGCCGAAGUUGGUGCCUCUCCUUGUUCGGGCGGCGUUCGGCGGUCGUUGUCACCGGCUUUCUAGCUGCCACCGAUCUACGUUUUUUUCUCCAUUUGUUUUGUCUUGAUUGUACACACCUGGUUCCCAUUACAUUAUAUUAUUUCCAUAUUUAACCCUCUGGUUCCCACAUGGUUUUGUGUGUGUUUGUUCUUUGUUUUGUGUCAAAAACUUAUGUGAGCUGGUGUGUUUUUCCUGCGUGGAAAUUAGCGUUGUUUAUUUUUCGAGUAAGUACGUCGUUUACUCAGUUCUGUGUCCUGCGCCUGACUCCGUCCUACCGCUGCACAUUGACACUUGACAGAAACACGCACCACAUAUGGAGUCAGCAGGUGCAUCCAGUCCUCCGGUACCAGUGGAGGAGCGCGUCCAGCCGCACACGACGAUGCUCCAGAAUCUUGGCACAGCCAUGGAUCGCGUGUUGCAGACCAUGGAGCGAUGGGAGAGAGGGGGUUUUCCCACAACCCCAUCAACUUCAGAUCAACCCACACCGAUGUCCACCCCUCUGUCACCUGUACCCAGUGGGAUUUGGCUCUCGCUCUCGAGAGCAUAUGAUGGGAUGGCUGCCGGGUGCCAGGGGUUCCUGCUCCAGGUGGAGCUCUACCUGGUGACUAUCCACCCGGCUCCCUCGGGAUACGAGAGCGUGUCCAACCUCAUCUCCUGUCUGUCGGGGAGAGCGCUUGAGUGGGCCAACGCCAAAUGGGGAGGAAUAGACGCAGCGUUGGUUCGGUAUGAGGAUUUCACCCGCCGCUUCUGGGCGGUUUUCGAUCAUCCACCUGAGGGGAGAGCGGCGGGGGAACGCUUGCUCCACCUCAGACAGGGGAAGAGGAGCGCACAGGACUUCGCACUGGACUUCAGGACCUUGGCUGCCAGCGCGGGAUGGAAUGAGAGGGCCCUGAUCGACCAUUACCGGUGUAGUCUACGUGAGGACGUUCGUCGGGAGCUGGCAUGCAGGGACACCACCCUUACCCUCGACCAGCUGGUGGAUUUAUCUAUACGGCUGGAUAACCUGUUGGCCACCCGCGGACGUCCGGGUCAGGGUCCGUCCAUUCCAUUCCCCAGCACCCCUGACCCUACACCUAUGGAGCUCGGAGGCGCUGCUCCUAGGGUGACCGGAGGGGGGGCCGUUUCCUGCACCAACUGUGGCUGCAGAGGGCACACUGCUGGUCGGUGCUGGGGAGGUUCCCCAGAGAGUUGAGGCAGCAGGCAGGGCACUGGUGGAUCAUCCCAGGUGAGUAGGCACCCGACUCACCCAGAGCUCUCUGUUGCGCACAUGUGUGUAUGCAUAGAAUUUCCUGAGUUUUCCCCGUCUUCCCAGCAUAAGGCGCUAGUAGAUUCAGGCGCAGCUGGGAACUUUAUUGACGGUUCAUUUGCACGUAGAUUAGGGAUCCCUAUUGUUCCUGUUGAUGUUCCCUUCCCUGUACAUGCCUUAGAUAGUCAUCCUUUAGGGUUGGGCCUGAUUAGGGAGGUCACAGCUCCACUAUGUAUGAAAACGCAGGAGAGUCAUGAGGAGAGAAUUAGUCUCUUCCUGAUCGAUUCUCCUGCGUUUCCUGUGGUGUUGGGGCUUCCCUGGUUGGCCUCUCAUGACCCCACUAUUUCGUGGCAACAGAGGGCUUUCAAGGGAUGGUCACGUCAGUGCUCAGGGAGGUGUGUAGGUGUUUCCAUAGGUGCAACUACGGUGGAGAGUCCAAACCAGGUCUCCACUAUGCACAUUCCCCCCGAAUAUGCCGAUUUGGCUGUCGCCUUCUGUAAAAAGAAGGCGACUCAACUACCACCCCAUCGACAGGGGGAUUGUGCGAUAAAUCUCCAGGUAGGCGCAGCACUUCCCAGGAGUCACGUGUAUCCUCUGUCUCAGGAGGAGACGGCAGCUAUGGAAACGUAUGUCUCCGAAUCUCUGGGACAGGGAUACAUUCGGCCUUCCACUUCACCUGCCUCCUCGAGUUUCUUUUUUGUGAAGAAGAAGGAUGGAGGUUUACGCCCGUGCAUUGACUAUCGAGGUCUAAAUCAGAUCACUGUGAAGUACAGUUUCCCACUGCCUCUCAUCGCCAGUGUGACAGAGUCAUUGCACGGGGCACGCUUCUUCACCAAAUUGGAUCUCAGGAGCGCUUACAACCUGGUGCGUAUUCGGGAGGGGGAUGAGUGGAAGACGGCAUUUAGUACCACCUCUGGUAGACGAGAUUUUCAGGGACCUGGACGGGAAGGGUGUAGUGGUGUAUAUAGAUGACAUUCUAAUAUACUCCGCUACACGCGCCGAGCAUGUUUCCCUGGUGCACAAGGUGCUUGGUCGACUGUUGGAGCAUGACUUGUAUGUUUUUUUUAUUUAUUUAUUUAUUUAUAUUUUUUAUAUUUUUUAUUUUUUUAUUUUUUUCAAGGCUGAGAAAUGUCUGUUCUUCCAAUAGUCCGUCUCCUUCCUAGGGUACCGCCUGUCCGCGUCAGGGGUGGAGAUGGAGAAUGACCACAUUUCAGCCGUGCGUAAUUGGCCGACUCCAACCACGGUAAAUGAGGUGCAGCGAUUCUUAGGGUUUGCCAACUACUACCAGAGGUUUAUCCGGGGCUUUGGUCAGGUAGCGGCUCCCAUUACCUCCUUGCUAAAGGGGGGACCGGUGCGACUGCAGUGGUCAGCUGGGGCGGACAGGGCUUUUGGUCACCUGAAGGCUCUGUUUACCUUCGGCUCCCGUGCUGGCUCAUCCUGAUCCCUCCUUGGCAUUCAUAGUAGAGGUGGACGCGUCCGAGGCUGGGAUAGGAGCUGUGCUGUCUCAGCGCUCGGGUACGCCACCAAAGCUCCGUCCCUGUGCUUUCUUUUCAAAGAAGCUCAGCCCGGCGGAGCAAAACUAUGAUGUGGAGGACCGGGAGCUGUUAGCUGUUAUCAGGGCUCUGAAGGCGUGGAGGCAUUGGCUUGAGGGGGCUAAACAUCCUUUCCUCAUUUGAACUGACCACCGCAAUCUGGAGUACAUCCGGGCGGCGAGGAGACUGAACCCUUGCCAGGCAAGGUGGGCCAUGUUUUUCACCCGUUUUGUUUUCACCCUAUCCUACAGACCAGGUUCCCAGAACGCUAAGACAGACGCACUGUCCCGGAGGAGCGGUCCAUGGAUCCCACUCCCAUACUUCCGGCUUCUUGCCUGGUGGAACCGGUGGUAUGGGAGGUUGAUGCGGACAUCGAGCGGGCAUUACGUACGGAGCCCACUCCCACCCAGUGUCCAGUUGGGCGUCUGUACGUUCCAUCUGAUGUCCGUGAUCGAUUGAUCUGUUGGGCCCACACGUCACCCUCCUCUGGUCAUCCUAGCAUCGGUUGGACAGUGCGCUGUCUUAGUGGGAAGUACUGGUGGCCCACUUUAGCUAAGGUCGUGAGGGUUUAUGUUUCCUCCUGCUCGGUGUGUGCCCAGUGCAAGGCACCUAGACACCUGCCCAGAGGGAAAUUACAACCCCUACCCGUUCCACAACGGCCGUGGUCACACCUAUCGGUGGACUUCGUGACGGAUCUUCCUCCAUCACAAGGUAACACCACGAUCCUGGUCGUUGUGGAUCAGUUUUCUAUGUCCUGCCGUCUCCUUCCUUUUCCCGGUCUCCCUAAUGCCCUACAGACUGCGGAGGCCCUGUUUACCCAUGUCUUCCGGCACUACGGGGUGCCUGAGGAUAUAGUGUCUGAUCGGGGUCCCCAGUUCACAUCGAGGGUCUGGAGGGCGUUCAUGGAACGUCUGGGGGUCUCGGUCAGCCUGACCUCAGGUUUUCACCCCGAGAGUAAUGGGCAGGUGGAGAGAGUUAACCAGGAUGUGGGUAGGUUUAUGCGGUCCUAUUGCCAGGGCCGGCCGGGGGAGUGGGCGGCUUUCAUCCCCUGGGCAGAGAUGGCCCAAAACUCCCUCUGCCACUCCUCCACUAACUUGCCUCCAUUUCAGUGUGUACUAGGUUAUCAGCCGGUCCUGGCACCAUGGCAUCAGAGCCAGAUCGAGGCACCUGCGGUGGAUGAAUGGUUUCGGCGCUCGGAGGAGACAUGGAACGCUGCCCAUGUGCGCCUGCAACGGGCCAUCAGGCGACAGAAGGCGAGCGCCGACCGCCACCACAGUAAGGCCCCAGUGUAUGCACCGGGGGACCGGGUCUGGCUCUCGACCUGAAACCUGCCCCUUCGCCUGCCCUGCCGGAAGCUGGGUCCGCGGUUUGUGGGGCCAUUUAAAGUCCUGAGGAGACUGAACGAGGUAUGCUAUAGGUUACAGCUCCCCCCUGAUUACCGUAUUAACCCCUCGUUCCAUGUGUCUCUCCUCAGGCCGGUGGUGGCAGGUCCGCUCCAGCAGUCUGAGGUGCGGGAGGUUCCUCUGCCCCCUCUGGACAUCGAGGGGGUCCCGGCGUAUACUGUACGAGCCAUCAUGGACUCAAGGCAUCGGGCGAGGGGCCUUCAGUACCUCGUGGAGUGGGAGGGGUACAGUCCGGAGGAGAGAUGCUGGGUGCCGGUGGAGGACUUCCUGGACCCUUGCUUACUGCAGGAAUUUCACAGUCGGAUCGUCCUGCGCCUCGUCCUCCGGGUCGUCCCCGAGGCCGGUGUCGGCGCGCUGCUGGAGCUGCGCGUCAAGGGGCGGGGUACUGUUACGACUUCCGCCGAAGUUGGUGCCUCUCCUUGUUCGGGUGGUGUUCGGCGGUCGUUGUCACCGGCUUUCUAGCUGCCACUGAUCUACGUUUCUUCUUCCAUUUCUUUUGUCUUGAUUGUACACACCUGGUUCCCAUUACAUUAUAUUAUUUCCCUAUUUAACCCUCUGGUUCCCACAUGGUUUUGUGCGUGUUUGUUCUUUGUUUUGUGUCUAAGACUUAUGUGAGCUGGUGUGUUUUCCAUGCGUGGAAAUUAGUGUUGUUUAUUUACGAGUAAGUACGUUGUUUACUCAGUUCUGUGUCCUGCGCCUGACUCCGUCCUACCGCUGCACAUUGACACAAUAUUUAGUACCCCUCUCUUGGUAAACUACUAUGUAAUAUACUGGAGACUGGAACUCAAUGUAGAGCGUGUGUUUGUUUGUUUAUUAUGGGCUUGCAUUCAAAUGUUGCUUUCAUUGUUAACCCUGUUGUUCAUUAUAACAUCUCAUCUCCACCUCCUCUCACACCAUUAUUUUAUUUCUCCCAUCCCAUCCCUCAACUUCUCCUCUUGCCCUCACCUCUACUGUUUCUAUAACAGGAGGACGCUGGUAGGUAUUACACAUGGCGUAGUUUUGGCCCUGAUGACCAGCGCACAGAUGAACUCUGGGUAGAUCUAAACGACCUAGAGCAUGGCCAAGUCAGAAUGCAUGGAAUUUUGUCCAAUACACACAGACAGGCUGCGGUGAGUUAUACACACAGAUACACACACACACACGCGCGCGCGCACGCACAUUUAAUUUCCCUCCCUAUCUCUCUUCCUCGUUUUCCAGAAGGUUGCCCUCUCGUUUGACUUCCCCUUCUACGGACAUUACUUGAGGCAGAUUACCAUAGCAACAGGAGGUACAUUUCAUUAUUCUUCCGACACAUGGCAAGUUGUUCAAACUCAGAUGGAGCCACUUAUCAUAUUUCUUCCUUUAUACUCCCUGCUUGUUACUUACAUUAAGCCUAGAAGGAAUUAAAUGUAACUACCAGUUGCCACUUGCCAUGCAUCUCCAUAGAACCCUGACCUCUGACCUUCCCCAGGGUUUAUUUUCAUGGGAGAGGUCACACACCGCAUGCUGACAGCAACACAGUACAUCGCCCCCCUCAUGGCCAACUUUGACCCCAGCUUUUCCAAGGAGUCUACUGUGCAGUACCUGGACAAUGGUGAGCCAUAGAGUAACAUUCAGACAGCUCUUGUUAUUUGACUUUUGACCCUUGGUUGACCUCUGUGUGACCUGUCCUGUACUGACCCCAGGUGAGGUGUUUGUGGUGCAGUGGGAGCGGGUGAGACUCCAUGGGAGGGAGGCAGAGGGGGCAUACACCUUCCAGGCUGCCCUGCACCUCACAGGGACCAUCACCUUCAGCUACAGAGAUGUGAGCGAGACUUACAACAUGCACACUUAUGAACGUCUCUGAUUUUAAUGUAUUCCAUCUAAACACAGUCACACUUUUCUGUUUCUCUGCCCAUUUUUCUCUACCUGUCUCUCUCACUCUUUCAGAUACCUUUGCCAGUGGAGGUGAUAAGUUCUGCUGAGCACCAAGUGAAGACAGGGUUAUCAGAUGCAUUCAUGGUGAACCUGCCUUCCACUCAAUCCUCAGGUUAGCAGCAAGGGGUUCCCUAACCCUAACCAACAGUUAUCCAGGUAGGCAAGUCUUUGAUGUCAAAGACUUUUGCUAAAAUUACCUGAAACGAUAUGUCUCACAUAGAUGCCCAACGUCGGCUCUACGAGUACCAUCGGGUGGACAUCGAUACAACUAAGAUCACCAACAACUCUGCCUUUGAGUUCACUGCAUUGCCUAGUAAGCAGCUAAAAUCUAUCCCUCAUACAGGCCUCUCAGAUAUUUCAUCCUCAAUAACCAGUCACAGGCACAGCUUAGAGAUCUUUAUAAUGUUAAUGCCAAUGCCAAUCAUGUCGCUACAGAAUCAAAACCCAGGUCAAUCUGUCUCUCCCUCCCUCUGUCCAGCCUGUCUGCAGCAUGACAGCUGUGAACUCUGCCUCUUGUCCAACCUAACCUCUGGCUGUACCUGGUGCAAUGUCCUCCAGAGGUGAGCAGGAGAGGAGUGUAUCUGAAUAAAGGAGUCCUUGUUUCUUUGUGUUUGACAUCUGUAUCUGUUUCAGGUGCUCAGAUGGAAUGGACAGACACAGGCAGGAGUGGCUGGACUACGCCUGUUCAGAAGAGGUACAAUUGGACAAUGUCAAUGAACGUUCACAUACUUUACAUGUACUGUACAUCAAAUGUAAAUCACAGUCUAAGCUUCCUCUGUUAAAACCACAAUUCUCAUCCAUUAUAUGGACAGGCCGAAGAUGUCACCUGUGAGGAUUAUUCCAGGGGGGGACCAGACAGCUCCAUUGACCCUUCAGUUCCCUCAGACUCUGAGGUCACCACUCCCCUGGGGUCCCUACUAGAAGGCCCUGCCACGGAGAGUAAGUCAAGGGUGUAAAUGAGUGUGCCUGGGCGGGUUUAUAUCGGAGUAUCAGAGUUCAACUGUGCAUGCAGCAGUGUUAAACAGAGCAAGAACAAUGAUGCCAUAGUAAUCCUCUAGUGCUCAGUGUCUCUCUUUAGCCAGUGCCUACAGUAAUCUGAGUGUUCUUGGAACAUGCAAAGAAAUUGCACAGAAAUUGAGUUCAGGAAAAUAACAAUGGAAGCAGUUUGAGUCCUAACUGCUCAAUAUUCAAAUGGCUCCUACAUUUGAUCUUCCUGCAGAUGACACCAAACAUGUGAUUCUAUACAAUGGUAAAGGUGGGUGGAUCUUUAUUCACUUUGAAUUGUGUACAGUGAGGGAAAAAAGUAUUUGAUCCCCUGCUGAUUUUGUACGUUUGCCCACUGACAAAGACAUGAUCAGUCUAUCAUUUUGAUGGUAGGUUUAUUUGAACAGUGAGAGACAGAAUAACAACAAAAAAAUCCAGAAAAACGCAUGUCAAAAAUGUUAUAAAUUGAUUUGCAUUUUAAUGAGGGAAAUUAAUGAGGGAAAUUUGACCCCCUCUCAAUCAGAAAGAUUUCUGGCUCCCAGGUGUCUUUUAUACAGGUAACGAGCUGAGAUUAGGAGCACACUCUUAAUGGGAGUGCUCCUAAUCUCAGCUUGUUACCUGUAUAAAAGACACCUGUCCACAGAAGCAAUCAAUCAAUCAGAUUCCAAACUCUCCACCAUGGCCAAGACCAAAGAGCUCUCCAAGGAUGUCAGGGACAAGAUUGUAGAGCUACACAAGGCUGGAAUGGGCUACAAGACCAUCGCCAAGCAGCUUGGUGAGAAGGUGACAACAGUUGGUGCGAUUAUUCGCAAAUGGAAGAAACACAAAAUAACUGUCAAUCUCCCUCGGCCUGGGGCUCCAUGCAAGAUCUCACCCCGUGGAGUUGCAAUGAUCAUGAGAACGGUGAGGAAUCAGCCCAGAACUACACGGGAGGAUCUUGUCAAUGAUCUCAAGGCAGCUGGGACCAUAGUCACCAAGAAAACAAUUGGUAACACACUACGCCGUGAAGGACUGAAAUCCUGCAGCGCCCGCAAGGUCCCCCUGCUCAAGAAAGCACAUAUACAUGCCCGUCUGAAGUUUGCCAAUGAACAUCUGAAUGAUUCAGAGGAGAACUGGGUGAAAGUGUUGUGGUCAGAUGAGACCAAAAUCGAGCUCUUUGGCAUCAACUCAACUCGCCGUGUUUGGAGGAGGAGGAAUGCUGCCUAUGACCCCAAGAACACCAUCCCCACCGUCAAACAUGGAGGUGGGUACAUUAUGCUUUGGGGGUGUUUUUCUGCUAAGGGGACAGGACAACUUCACCGCAUCACAGGGAUGAUGGACGGGGCCAUGUACCGUCAAAUCUUGGGUAAGAACCUCCUUCCCUCAGCCAGGGCAUUGAAAAUGGGUCGUGGAUGAGAAUUCCAGCAUGACAAUGACCCAAAACACAUGGCCAAGGCAACAAAGGAGUGGCUCAAGAAGAAGCACAUUAAGGUGCUAGAGUGGCCUAGCCAGUCUCCAGACCUUAAUCCCAUAGAAAAUCUGUGGAGGGAGUUGAAGGUUCGAAUUGCUAAACAUCAGCCUCGAAACCUUAAUGACUUGGAGAAGAUCUGCAAAGAGGAGUGGAACAAAAUCCCUCCUGAGAUGUGUGCAAACCUGGUGGCCAACUACAAGAAACGUCUGACCUCUGUGAUUGCCAACAAGGGUUUUGCCACCAAGUACUAUGUCAUGUUUUGCAGAAGGGUCAAAUACUUAUUUCCCUCAUUAAAAUGCAAAUCAAUUCAUAACAUUUUUUAAAUGAGUUUUUCUGGAUUUUUGUUGUUGUUAUUCUGUCUCUCACUGUUCAAAUAAACCUACCAUCAAAAUGAUAGACUGAUCAUGUCUUUGUCAGUGGGCAAACGUACAAAAUCAGCAGGGGAUCAAAUACUUUUUUCGCUCACUGUAUAUGGAGCCAUGAUACAGGAUUGUCUCUCUUUCCUGGUUAGAUGUGAAGACAGGCCCCCAGAGACAACACGACGGGUCAGCUCACACAGGAGUUAUAGCAGGUGUAGUAGCUGCAUUGGUGCUACUCCUGGCUGUGACACUGCUGGCUCUUUACAUCAACUCUCAUCCUUCUGCUGCCUCACCCCUCUACUUCCUACAGGUUAGUAACACUAUCAGGGCUCACAUUCAGCCAGCUCUGUCAGUCUAUGUCCUGCUAAAUAUAGACUUCUCCUCCCAUUCUCUUUAACCUUUUAAAACAAUGACCUGUAUGAUCUUAUUUCAAUAGCGACGCAACAGCUACUGGCCAUCCAUGAAGUUCAGGAAGCAGGGAUUCCACUCCAGCUACGCAGAGGUGGAGGUUGAAGGUCAAGAGAAGGAGGGCAUCAUGGAAGCUGGCCAGUGCUGACCGGACUGAGGAGCAACUGGAUGAUGAGGAGAUUAAAAUGAGUUUGUAGGAGAGGAAGGAGGGAGUUUAGAGUUACACACACAUCCCUUACUCCAUUAAACAAAUAAUGUUUUUUUGUUCAUUAAUUUUUUUAUAUUCACCUCAAUAUCGUCCCCGUCUUUGUUGGCUAAAAAGUGGGUGGCAUUUUUCAUAAUUUUUGGUGGACAAAGUCUCGAACUCUUCUCUUACACAUCCUCAGGUAUUAGGGAAAGGGACAAGGGAGAAGAGGCCACUUUUAGGCUUUGCUAGAAUGUAAGUCGCUUUGGAUAAAA